AUGACUACAGCAUGGGAUGGCUGGCCAAAUGGCAUAGUUAAGUGGCAUUUCACAAAUGCAGAGGCUGCAGAGACUAAGGAUGCUAUGAUACAUUGGGCAUUCCAGAAUCAUGGAUCGAAGAAGGGCAACAGCGAGGCUGACAGAUGGGAGGAUGGGAAGCAGUUCUAUCGCCACUGCUUAGGUGCUAUCAAGUGCAGCAAUCCCGAAUGUUCCAUUGUCGUGCACCCAGUGACAUGCAAGACUGCGUUGGAGCAUCAACUUGCUAUGCCAUGCAAAUGCGGUUCCAAGCUUCACCAUCUACGCUGUCAUGCGUCAAUGACACUUUGGAAAUACAAGCACAGGCUGUAUCACCCCUCCGUUGGACCGUUGCGACUCAUUGUAGGGGUUCCUACCUUGAUUGGGCCUGGUCACUCUGUAGCGGACAUCUCCUCGGUGCUUCUCAAUAUUGAUAGAGUCAAGAAGGAGCAACAGAAGCUCACUUCUACCAUUGCGAAAGGCGGUGACGAGUUAAUUGCUGGGUUUGCUGAAUUCGAGGAGAACAAUCUGAGAUUUAUAAUUCACAAGACAUUCGGCUCUGUGACAGUAAUCUGCAUGCAAAGCACAAUGCUGUUGGCACAGAUUGUGAAGGAUUGCAUUCUCGAUGAUGGCCUGAAUGGUCUUGUAUCUGAUGCUGCUCAUGGCUUCUGGGAGGACCGCAACGCUGUUCUUAUAAUCACGUCUGGCUAUAGCCCUCUCCUUAAUCGCUGGGUUCCCGGAAUUCUGUCAUAUGUGAAUGGGCGCUCUAGCGAGCACUUCAAGCACCACUUUUAUGCACUUUUCAAGAGCAUUGCAGAGGAGGCCAAAAGACGUGGCAUUGUGCUUACAGACGAGUUGUUUAGCGGGGUCAUUGAUUUUAGUGAAGCUGAACGUGAUGGAUUUGUUGCUGCAUUUGUAUGCUUCUGGCAAUCCCAGUCAGAGGACAAACACAGUGAACAUGAACUUUUGGAAGCAGCAAGCAAACACUUGCACGGGUGUGCGCAACAUUUCGCACAUCAAUCGCACAUGUUGGAUGGAUCGGUGGCGUGGUUCCUGAGAAUAAAUCUCAUCUAUUUUGCAAGUAUAUGA